AUUAGGAUGAUUGAUGGUCAAUUGGAAAUGUUUUAACAAGUUCAUACAUCCGAGCUACUAGCCAUCGGCGACUGAGCGAAUUCAUGGAGGGAAGCUACAGAACUACCACUCUAAUGGUGGCGGUGCUUCUGCUGGUACUGAGUUCGUUAUUACCGAGUUCGCUCGCUUAUCGACCCGGUGACAUCGUUCCCAUGAGCCGCAUGGGGCAAUAUCAUUCUACGAGGACCGUUUGGCAUGAUAUGAUCGGCAGGCAUUGCCCAAUCUUCGCUGUUAAUCGCGAGUCAUUGAUUCCGAUACCGAAACCCACUGGAUAUACUGGAUCAGAUCCCUACAAAAUAUCAUUUCAAGUUGGACAAGAAAAGUUCUAUAUUCCUUGGCUUUUUGUGAUCAACAGGAAGAGUACUGAGGUCCCAAUGAUUGAGAUACAUUUGAGGUACUCGGGUGCUGAUUUGCUUGGUGUCACUGCAAAAGUUGUAGAUAUGCCCAAUAACUAUGUAGAACUUCAUCCAGAUAUCCGUAAACAAUUUUGGGAUCAAGAACAAUGGCCAAAGCAUAUUCUUGUCAGAUACACAUGGGAGGAACAGUCAGAAAUAGAUGUGGUUUCUGGAUUUUACGUUCUCUUUGGAUCAGGGUUAACGCUGUCCUUCGUUCUCGCAAUGUAUGUUUUACAGUCAUCUCGAGACAAAUUGGCAAAGUUUGUGAAGGAGACAGUUGCUGACAGCAGCAUGUCUGCUGGAGGUGUUGCCAAAGUCGAAUGAUCCUUUCUUGAAAAAUAAGGUGCUAUUUUCAUGUUUGUGCAACUUGCCAAUUAGCAUGCAAAAGAAUCGGUGUUGGCACUGGGUGACUUCGGAACUGGCAGAAAUGUGUCAUUUUGAAGCUGCCUAGGGUUGCUGCUAAAGGCAAUGUGGACUAAAUUUCACAUUUUCUUUCCUCAUAUAUAGUAUAGAUAAAGUGAGUUAAUCGGGGUUUAAAGAAUGUCAGUUCAUGUUUCCUAGACCUAUUUUUGGGUGAUUUCCCAUUUAAACUAUAUUCUUCUCUUUCUCGUCGUGCUGAAUUCUCUAUUCAUUCGUUCUACUAAUUUAGUUUUAGUUCAAAUAGUUGUUGCUUACAUGAUACAUCUGUUAAAAAACCUUGUCUCUGUAUCAGGUUAUUUGUGUAAAAAGUAUUUCAAAAGAUAUGGAGUAUAAAUGGACAUCUCUUGACAA